ACCAAAAUUUUAAACAGCCACGUAGUUGCGUUUCUAUUUUUGUUGUUCUCUCUGCAACAUCACCCAGCACAAACAGAAAUCAUCCUAAAACUAGAUUUGUAGAGAAACGGUUGUUAUCUGUGAAGCUUGGAGUGUGGUAGUAUUUAGGUCAAUUGGAAAUUAUGGCUUUAGGGUUUGAGGGUUAUAGUUAUACACGAGCACUGGGAAGGAAGAGGGUUGUGGUUUCCAACAAUGGAGAAUCUUCUUCGCUCGAUUCCAAUUCGGCGAUGACUCCUUUGAAGAGAAUGUGCAGUGGUAGAAUCAAUUUCAACUCUGAGAGGUCUCGCCUUGAAGCCCUUCCUCUCGACAUUCUGAUACGGGUGUUGUGUGGUGUGGACCAUGAAGAUUUGGGGCAGCUUGUUCAAGUUUCGAGAGCUAUUAGAGAAGCAACUGAGAUUGCAAGGCGGUUACACUUUGAGUAUAGCACGCCAAAGAAGAAAACUUUUGCUCUUCGUUCACCAUUUGGUGUGGAGGGUGCUGGUGGUGGGUUUGAGGAAAUUGAAGCUCCAAAUGCACCAUUGAGGAAAUCUAAGUCAAGGCUGAGUGGUAAGAAUCUGGCUGGCAUCUCAGUGGCUUUGUUUGCUUCCAGUAAUGAAGAACAGUGAGCACCUGAUGAUAGCACCAAAGAGUUUCUCUUGCAUUGGAAAGUUUUUGUAUAUAGAUAGUAUCUGUUGUGUGUAUACUGAAUGGGUAGAUUUCACACACCUAGGAAUCUUUACCAGCCAUAUCUUCAAAUCCUUCAUUGAAGAUUGCUUUGGCCUGUUUUGUAAUCUUUCUGUACAUCUGUAGGCAAAGAGAAAGUGGGAGAGAUUCUUGUGAUUUUGUUUGGAGGGAAACCCUAGGCCCUUCUAAUCUGAUAAAUUUGAGUGUGCACAAUCAAUGUUGCAUACUCUUUGUGCUUCUCUAAUAAAAUGAGUAAAGUUUCCACUAUUAUGAUUUGAU